CACCACCUCUGACAAGUGACGGCGCCCCAGACCGAGUUUCGUUUCAGCUGUCGCUCCAUCCUUCGCACGCUACACGCUUCUUUGUUCACCGUCUUCGCUGCGAGCAGCGCACGCUUCAGAAUCUAUCAUUAUCGUGGAAUUGACCCAUUACAGCCUCGGCGCGGGGUGAGGGGCACUCUUACGGACACGGCGACAAGCUGACAGGAGAUCUCCAACGCCUCCAGGGGGCCUAGAUUCCGCCUGUGCGACUUGGAGAUCCUUCCUCCCGUGUAGGGACGUCUACGGUACACCUCCAACGCCGACUCACGAACUCUCCAUACCUCGAAUCGGCCGCGCUCCGCCUCUCGAGCUGGGCUGAGACACCAGGCUUAGUUGCAGCCUUCGACGUCUUCCUUACGCCCUUUCAUACCCCUCCGGUAGCCCGCAGAGACGCUAUCUCUUGACCUCUUCCCUCCGCGCAUUCCUCCUACUUCGAACAUACAAGAUGGCCUCGAACGGCGGGUCCGGAUCGCAUACGCCCCAAACUCAGGCACAAGUACAGCCAUGCCGAUACAAGACGGGGAAGACGCUCGGCGCAGGCAGUUACUCGGUUGUCAAAGAGUGCGUGCACAUUGACACAGGACGAUACUACGCGGCGAAGGUCAUCAACAAGAGGCUGAUGGCCGGACGCGAACACAUGGUCAGGAACGAAAUCGCCGUUUUGAAGAGGGUCUCCAUGGGUCACAGGAACAUCCUGACGCUGGUGGACUAUUUUGAGACGAUGAACAACCUAUACCUCGUUACCGAUCUCGCUCUUGGAGGCGAGCUCUUCGACCGCAUCUGCCGUAAGGGCAAUUACUACGAGUCUGACGCUGCCGACCUCAUUCGCGCCACUCUCUCGGCUGUCGCAUACCUACACGACCAUGGCAUCGUACAUCGCGAUCUAAAACCCGAGAAUUUACUUUUCCGGACGCCAGAAGACAAUGCGGAUCUUUUGAUUGCUGACUUUGGACUGUCGCGCAUCAUGGACGAAGAGCAGUUCCACGUGCUGACUACCACCUGCGGCACUCCUGGCUACAUGGCGCCGGAGAUCUUCAGGAAGACGGGACACGGAAAGCCUGUUGACAUCUGGGCGAUUGGCGUGAUAACUUACUUCCUGCUCUGCGGCUAUACCCCGUUUGAUCGCGACUCCAACCUCGAAGAAAUGCAAGCCAUCCUCGUCGCCGACUACUCCUUCACUCCCCUCGAAUACUGGCGCGGUGUCUCCCUCAAUGCGCGCGAGUUUAUCCGCCGCUGUCUCACCGUCGAUCCCGCUGCGCGCAUGACCGCCCACGAAGCCCUCUCUCAUCCAUGGAUCGCCGACCUAGGCAAGACGUCCGCAGAAGGCGAGCAGGAUCUGCUGCCUACUGUCAAGAAGAACUUCAAUGCCAGACGUACCCUCCAUGCUGCCAUUGAUACGAUUCGUGCUAUUAACCAGUUGAGAGCAGGUGGCGGUGCGGCGGGCAUGAUGGACGGCAUAAAGUCCGGCGAACCGAGACGCGGCGCUCCGCCCUUCGACGUGCCGCAGCCGGCUGAUGAGGACCCAAUGGAGAUUGACAGUAGGGGAAACGGCCACGGGCAAACGGAGGAAAUGAUUAGAGAGCAGGAGCGUAGAAUUCGUGAGACGCAGCAGGGGCUGUGGGGAAAGAGAUGAUCUCGAAUGGCCGAUUCCUCAUCAUCAAGGUGAAAAGACGGAAUUAUAUGAUGGUUUCCACGGCUGGGCCUGGAUUUGUACAGGUUGGGUAUCUGGGGACUGAUCUUGGCUAGAACGCAACCAUCUCGACUGCCAGAUGGCUGGACUAAAGCGGUAAAUUUUCAACUGUGAGCGCAACGCCACUAUUUCAUAGAUACCACUUUGUUAGCAAACAAGCUUUUCUUUCUCACGAAUUCGGUGCUGUGGCGUUGGAAGUGCUCCAAUCCGCUUGCUCGGGAACUACGGACGGCCAGUGCAAAAAAGAACAACCAACAUAACCUCAAUUUUAC